UUCCUCCACUCUGGUCAACAGGCUGUUUAUGAGAAUAUCACAACAAUUUGUCAGCGAUAUCAACCGAAAUUGCCAUUUAUAAAAUCACAACUCAUCGAACCCUCGAUCAACAUAUUUUCACUCACAUCCAAAAGAAAAACCAUCAAUAUGCCCGCCAUCCAAAUCGAAGCUACAAACGUUGCUCGUGAUGUUGCAAAGCUCGUCAGCCGUGUGACAACCUCAACCCGCAUCGGCAGAACCAGAAGCGGCGUCAGAGUAAUCGGAGGCGGCAUCAUCGCAGCCAUCGUCGUCGGUGUAGUCAUCUUCAUCGCCGUAAUAAUCAUCGGCAUCUGUCUCUUCCGCCGCCACAAGAGCCAAAGUAAGAGGCGCCAACAAGAGAUGGGCAAGUACUAUGGCGGCAACGGACGCUCCAGCAUCGGCACUGACGCCCCCGCGCCCGCCCCGGGCGACGGAAACAACAACACCAACACUGGAUAUGGUUUUACUCAAGGUUACGGUCAAGGACAGAACCAGGGCUACGGAUACGCGCACAUGGCUCAGCCGGGCCAGGCUGGGUAUGUGGCGCCGAACAACGGUGGUGUAGCUCCCAUGGCGCCUGCUUAUACCGCCGACCAUGUUACGCACACGAAAUGAGUGGCAGGAAGGAUGAAAGCCGAGAGUAUGUUGAAAUGGCAAUAGGAAAGAUGCUGCACAUGCUACGAUAAUGUUUGUUUUGUAUUUAAAGUGCGAUACCCACGACCUUAAUGACGAU